GCGACGGUGCAUGAAGCAAGCCGAAGAUAUCGCGAAGCUGUGCGAAGCCGUUCCUCCGGAUUUAGCAGACCUGAUUUGGAAAUACCCCGAGAUUUUCCUGGACGACCUGCCAGCUGGGCUUCUACCGAGCCGACUAGAAGACCAUCGCAUCGAGCUGGAAGCAGGCGCCCAACCGACGGUACAGCGACAAUUUCGGCUCAGCCAACCAGAACUGGAAGAAUUGCAGCAGCAACUGGAUUACCUUAUGACGAAGGGAUUUAUCUGGCCUAGCACGUCCCCAUACGCAGCCCCGAUACUGUUCACGCUGAAGAAGGAUAGAGGAUUCAGAAUGUGCAUCGACUACCGCGCGCUCAACCGAAUCACCAUCAAGUCACGUUACCCGAUCCCGCGAGCUGACCAACUCCUGGACCAACUUCGCGGCACCAAGUUCUUCUCGAAAAUCGACUUGCGAGGGGGUCACCAUCAAAUUUGCGUCGCAGCCGAGGAUUGUCACAAGACGGCAUUUCGAGCCCGCUACGGCAGCUACGAGUACCUGGUGAUGCCUUUUGGCCUCACGAACGCGCCCUCGACUUUCCAGAUGACCAUGAAUGAAAUUUUCAGGGAACUCUUGCAUAAAUGCGUCAUUAUCUACCUCAAGGACAUACUAAUCUACAGCCGCAGCAGGGAGCAGCACUUACAGGAUCUUGAUGCAGUCUUCACGCUGCUGCACAAGAAUCGCCUCAUCACGAAAAGGUCUAAGUGCGACUGUCUUAAGCAGGAGUUUGGGCCACAUCGUUUCUACUGAACGAGUGAAAAUUGACCCCAAGAAAAUCAAGACCAUACA